AUGCCGAGAGAGAACUCAGUGGGAACCCCCAGUGGUGUUCGAAAGAAUACUCGAACGAAACUCACAUUACUUGCUUGUGAUAACUGUCGCAUCAAGAGACUGAAAUGUACUUAUAAUGAAAGGCCAUGUAUGAACUGCAGGCUCUACGAGAAAGAAUGCAAACAAACAGGAACUGCAAAGGUCAAGAGUUAUGCGCGUAGUGAACAGACGGAUGACCGCGUCCUCUCGACAACGCAAGAUGUGGCGAUAAGCCAUAAUGGCGACUCGGUCGCUUCUUCCUCUGCUGAAUGUCCGUCAGCCCUCCUCAAUCCACCUGACACAACCUCAGUGCUGAAUGCCAAUGAGUUUGCAAUCGGUCAUCAACCGAUGCAGAGCGAGACAAUCAGUGAAAACUCAAAUGAUUGCAAUCAGUCUAUGCUGCAAUUAGAGGAACUUUUUGCGAACGAGUUCCUGAGGUCCAGCAUCCCACUCAAUGACUUCUCUUCUCUGGGUGAUUUCGUCCAGUAUACACCUAUGCCUCUAGAUGGACACUUUCCCGAACCCCCUCCUCUAUUAUCAGAGACAGGCCUUGAUCGAGAGCAAACUGGAACGCCACACUCCAAGCCUACCCCGAUUUCACCAUACAGCCCGCAGAACGACAAAGUCGGAGGGUUAGGCUCCUUGAGGCCAGAUACUGCACUACAACGCCCGGGAAAGCACAUUCCGCCAGGUCUUUUCAUUGGCAUAGACAAUUCCCUGACCGGCUUUAUAGGGUUGGCCAGUACCGGGGCAACACUAGCAACGUGUAUCGACGAAUCAAUAAGCAAGCAUUCCCACAUAUCUGAUUCCUUGAACUUCGAAUGGCUUGUGCAGGCCGGAAAAUAUAUCACCAGGUGCGAUACAGGCGAAACUGUAGAACUAUCAGCUGCACAAUUGCCUCCAAAAUCUCUCGCGACCAUGUGUAUUAAUGCAUACUUUAACAAUGUCCAUAUCCACUACCCCAUCAUUCGGGAACAGCCUUUUCGGACCACCUGGGAGGCUAUGUAUGACCCGAACCAGAAAGCGCACCGUGUCUCAAACUAUAUGCUGUUUUGUCUCGUUCUCACGAUCGGAGCUGCGAGUGACAAGACGAACUCGGCCACACCAACGCCAAUGGACCAGUUCUCCCGUGAGCUCUUCCAGAAGGCUUGUUCUUUGGUGUUCACUCCAUUGACUGAGUCGUCCCUCGUCGCAUUGCAAGUGAUCUUACUUCUUAUCAUAUUCCUCGAACUCAAUGGCCAAUACAGCUUGGCUUCGGUCAUGUCCGGAUUCAGUAUUCGCGUAUGUCAGGCUCAGGGUCUCCACAGAAAAAGUCCAGAAGACUUUGACCUCGAGCCAGAGGAGACUAAGUUUAGGUCUCAGUUGUGGUGGAUAUCGUUCCAUUUUGAGACAAUCAUCGCCAUGGCUGAAGGCAGACCCACGGCAGUGCGCGAGCUCACCUACGAUGUCGAGGUACUACCGCUCUGUCAAGACCAGCAGAUAUCGCCACAAUUGGAACCCCUUGCCUCGGCGGUUCACGCAUGGACUGCCAGGUUGACUGAGCUCCGCAAUCGCUUCGUCACUAUCACUAGCCUCUGCAUCAAGGCGACUGACAGACUAGCUGCAUUGUCUGACCUCAAUGAGUCCUUAAUCAGGUGGAAGGAUCAGAUACCUGUGGCACAUCAGCCGGGCCACGAUGUAUCAACUGAUUCAAGCUCGUGCCUUCUCGUUGCUCCACUCCAUCUCGAAUACUUCAACUUGUUGAGAUCCGUUCACUGGGCUAGUCGCAUGACCAUCUCAAUGCAACCCGAUAUAACGGCAGAUCACGGAGGUCGCUCUGUUCGAGCGCAUGAUAUGGGAUGCUUGUCGGCCGCCCGUUCCUUCGUUCAAGCCCUGAACAGCAUUACGGACGGUGGGGCAGUGAAGAGCUUAUUUCCAAAAAGUCUCAAUACCAACAUAUAUGUCUCCGUCUCGGCGGUGCUUUAUCGAGAAAUUUGCGAGUCCCCACAACGGAUGGCGGCAAAGACUGAUUUAGAAUGUCUCCGGGCUCUCAAAGUCCACCUCGAACGCGAUUCCCUGUCUGGAGAGUGGAAUGCCACGUUGCACAACACAAUGUCCAAAAUGCUUGAGAUAGCAGAGCAAUUAGUGCGUGGUGAACCCGCUGGCCUCGAUAUGCCGACGGUAAACACCUAUAAUGUUUGA